AUGGACAUCGUACCAGGUAACGUACGUCUCCUCAACAGGGCACAGCGCAGAGUGUUGCUCCGGAGCAUCUGCGCCUACCGCACAGUCUCCGAGUUGGCGGUCAACACAAUCGCAGCGACCCCUCCGGCGGACCUUCUCGCCAAGGAAAGGGAGAAAACGUUCGUGAUUAGGCAAGCGGCUAUAACCGCCGCGACCACCGGGGUGGAACCCAAAAACGUCACCCUCGACAAGUGGCAGGAGAGAUGGUCUUCCGGAGAGACUGGCGGCUGGACCAGACGACUGAUCCCAGACGUCCGCAGCUGGUGCAACAGGAGACACGGUCGGACCAACUUCCACCUCACCCAAUUCCUAUCAGGGCACGGGUGCUUUGGUCAAUACCUCCACCGGAUCCGAAAGGUCGCCGACCCCAUGUGCGUCGACUGCCAAGCGCCCGUGGAUGACGCGGAGCACGCGUUCUUCAUGUGCGACCGCUGGUGGCGGCAGAGAAGUGAUCUCGAGAGGAACAUUCGGAGGAAGUUCACCCCAGAGUCAGCGGUAAGAAGCAUGCUGGAAUCAUCCACCAACUGGUCAGCCGUCGACUCAUAUGUCAACCUCGUUUUGGCAGCCAGAGAAGAAGAGGAAAGAGAGCGCCAACGAAGAUAA